UACUAAAUAUUGCUGGCAUUUCACAGUUGCUCUUCAAAGCAAACACUUCGCCAUGUGGAUGUCAACAAAUGAUUGUGAUUACUCCGUUCUUUAUUUGAUGAUCGAAAACUUUAAAAAGUUUACAUCAACUUGUUGCCCCUCUUGAUCAUUUAAAUUUUUAGUUUAUUAGAUUGGAAUUUUCAUUUUACGAAUGCCUAAAGGGAAGAAGAAAAACAAAUUUGUUGGGCGUCAAAAACAGGAUUCCAAUUUUGCUAGUGAAGAAGAAUCAGUUGCUGACACUGCAAGCGUUGUUAGUAAUGUGUCUGAGCUAAGACUUGAUAGUGAUGAUGAUACAAUAACUGAGGUAGAUGAGGAAAAUGUAUUGAUUGAUAAUUUUGAGGAUAAGUUCAAAGAAGCUAUUGAAGGCACUUAUCAAAAAAGUGCAAAACUUCGAAUAGCAUCCCUUGAAGUCAUCAAGAAAAGCUUGUCUUCAAAAUAUAUGGGAGAGUUCUUAACUGAGAGAAAGCUAACUCUCUGUGAUGUGAUUGAAAGAAGCCUGAAACGUGGGAAAGGUGAUGAGCAAAUCCUAGCAGCAGUGGUGGCAGCGUUGUUCUGUACACAGUUGAGUUCAGUAGAAGAUUCUGAAUUAGUAUUUCAGACUUUGCAACCCAUUUUGAUGGUCCUUCUUUUAGACACAACAGUCUCUCCCUCUGUCAGAGCACAGUGUGCAUCAUCUCUUGGCCUUUGUUGUUUCAUUUCAUGCUCUGGAGCUGAGGUGGUCCAAUCUACAAUGGAUUCCCUGUAUUCUGUUUUUAGUGGAUCUCUAUUAAAAGGUAAUGGCGUCCUCCCUGUUCUUAAACCAGAAAUCAGUUCCCUACACAGCAGCGCACUGCUCGGCUGGAACCUGCUCCUCACUCUUCUCUCCCCUCCUUACAUCAUGGCACUUGUAAACAACCAUUUUAAGAAGUUGCCUCAGUUGCUUGACAGUAUUGAUGUGGACUUGAGAAUUGCUGCUGGAGAAACAUUAGCAGUAUUCUAUGAACUUGCUAGGCAGUGCAGAGAAGAUUUUGAAGGAGAGGAUUUUGAAUUCUUAUGUGAUAAACUCAGACUACUCGCAACGGAUGGUCAGAAAAGCCGUGCCAAAAGAGAUAGAAGGCAACAAAGAUCUAGUUUUAGGGAUAUCCUUAGAGCAAUUGAGGAAGGAGAACCCCCUGACAUUCGCAUCAAGUUGAAAGCCGAGAUCUUGUACAUUGACAGUUGGUGUUCCAAAAGACGCUAUGAUGCAUUUUGCCAAGUUUUAGGAUCUGGAAUGAAUCUUCAUUUAAAGCAAAAUGAACUGUUGCGAGAAAUCUUUGAUUUGGGUGCUCCUCUAAUAGAUGACAAGCCUUCAAGAACUUCGAAGCUACACAGACAUACUGCUCACAUAGCAAAUUUUAAAGCAAGGACUAUAUGCAGGGGCAAGGAACGUGACAAUAAAGCGGAAGAUAUUUGCUGAAAAAGGCGCCUUCUAGUUUCAAUUAAAUAAUUAGUACUUUCUCAAAACUGUUUUAAAUAAUAAUAAAAGAAAGCUUUUAGGGAACUUCCCGAAGAUCAUUUUAAAAAUCAUUUUAUUCUUUGCUACUGUUACCAAAAAUCAAAAUGUUCUACAAUGUAUAUUUUAGCAUAGUAGAUGGUUUUGCAAGGUAAGAUAUAUUGUAUAUUUGACUUAUCAAAUUGAACAGUUGUUGUUUUCCACAUUCAUUUCUUUCAGUUUUCAUUCCUUACUAUUUUUUGAAUAUCAUAGACUGUUUCAGUUCCACAGUGCUAUAUAACAGAACUUUUUUCUCAAUUGUGAAGGAAUUUUUUUUAUCAGAAUGUUUUUACCUCAAUGUUGUUUUUGUAUUAAAAUGUAAAGAAUAUUUAAUAAUGAAAUAUAUAUAGUGAAUAAUGAAAUAUAUAUAUAGUUAGGCUAAUUGGAAAAUGCAGCUCUUUGCUAACUGCAAUGUGACUCAUUGUAAUAAACCCAACAAAUGACCUGCAGAAUCAGAUUUUCCAAUUAAUCUACAACAUAUAUUCUCAAAAGUAUUCGUACACUUAAGACUUUCAAUUAAAUAUGGUUCUAUCCAUAAGCUAAAAUGAUUAUUUCAGAAUGGAUAUUUAAUAAUAAGAUAUAUAUAUUCUGUUCUUAGCAAAACUGCACGGAGUAUUUUAAAAACAAAAGUUUAUUUUUAAAAAAUUUUCCACCUAUUAGUAAAUAUUCUUCUUAUUUUUUUUUUUAAAUUUAACAUUUAAUAAAGUAUUCUUUGCUAUCUACAAUAGCUUUAAAGUCUGUAAAAAAAAUUUUUUUGAAACUUUUGCAUCAAAACAUAUCUUUUCUUUUACUAUUAUAGUUUUUAGCUAGUUUUUCAUUUUAAUACCAUGCUUUUGCAGGGUUGCCACUCCAUAGGGCAAACCUGGAAAUACAGGGACCUAAAAAGUCAUCGAAAAUGAAGGGAAUUUUGAAUUUUCCCUUAUCAACUGGGAAAAUAAAGGGAAUUUUUAUUUCUUCUUUUACAAAAUGUUGACCUCUCAAAGUUCAAAUUAUGGAUUAUGGAUGGCAACCCGAUAUAUUACCUUUGCUUUUCUUUAUCAUCAUUGAUACAUUUAGGAUUUAUUUAUCAGUAAUUUUACAAAGUAAACCUAAGGUUUCUGUUUUUCGUAAAAACAAACUUCUGCAGACAGAACUCUAGCUGUUCUGAUAACUCAUUGAAGAGUUUCAGGUGAAAUUGAAGC